GAUGGCAUCCGAAGACGUCAAUUCUCAUAUAACAGUUUCUUCGGAAGAAACUGGACAACCUGUUACCAAUACCUUGCAGCAAGAGAGUAGUAACAAGGAUGCAAGUUCAGCCAAGCCACAGACUCAAGUAAAUCGAACGAGCAAUCUUCAAAGAAUACAUCAACGCAAACAGCAGACGUACAGUUGGCCGCGAAAAAAAUUGUUGAAACUUGCGAAUUAUAGCGCCUGUCAGGCAGAGUGUAUGCGUAAGUGUACGGGUUGGAAAAAUGCUCAGCCGAUCACACGAUCACCAAAGGGUGAAAUUCAGCAGCCUGUUAUAAACUUAUCCGAUCCAUGCAAAAUGUGCGAUCAUUCUUUAGAAAAUCAUAUUAAGCAUCUGCCAGUUCAGUCUGACGAAGAAAUCAACAGAUUACUAGGAAUGGCUAUCGAUGCUGACAAUAUUUUUGCAUGUAUGCAUAGGGAAGUAGAUCCCGAUACUAGAAAAGUAUAUAUUUAUUUAUAUAGGUUAUUGAGGAAUUGCAUCUUGUCAAUGUCAAAGCCAGCUGUGGAAACUUCUAUAGGACAGCCCCCAUUUGAAAGACCUAACAUAACGAAAGCAGUAAUGAAUUUUGUCUUAUAUAAAUUUAGCCAUCUAUCGCAAAAAGAAUGGCAAGUUAUGUGUGACAUGGCAAAGAUGCUUAUACACUGCCUGAACUUUUGGAAUUUUGAAGCACCUAGUGCUAGACGGUUAACAGUUAAUGCUGAUGAAGCUGCUACCUAUAAACUUAAUUAUACACGUUGGCUCGUCUUUUGUCAUGUACCUGCAUUCUGUGACUCCCUGCCACAUUAUGACACGACUUUAGUUUUUGGAAAAAUUCUGUUACAAGCUGUAUUUAGAUCAGUUUGUAGACAAUUAAUGGAUAAAUGUAAUAAUGAAAGAGAUAAAAUAGCACCAGAGAAAAGAGUUUUAGUUUUAACACAUUUUCCCAAGUUUCUUUCAUCAUUGGAAGUAGAGAUUUAUUCAGAUAAUUCACCUAUUUGGGAUCCUGAAUUUAAACAACCUCCACCUGCUCAUUUUCAAACUGCCCUGGAAUCAAAGGGACAUCAGGCAAGGAAAACGGGAGAAUUCGAAAAGGUUACCGUCACUCCAAAUGAAAAAGAUAAUUUUACAACAAUAAAUAUUAGUCCUGGAAUUAAGAAAAUGCAGGAGAAACGCUCAAACACCGAAGGACGCCUUGACGCAAAGAAGCAAAAGAACGAAGAAACUUUUGAAGAUUUGCCAGAUGAGACCAUUGCUGAAAUUGUUGCAUCUAUUAAUGACACUAAUUAUAUGUCUCGUUCUGAUGCAGUAUUCCCACCAAAUGUGCCACGGGACGAAACUGCAAAAAUAGAAGAAAGUAAAAAGAUAAUAGAGUUUCAUGUAGUUGGAAAUAGCCUUACACGACCGGUAUCUAAGCAAACUAUGCUUUGGCUGAUAGGAUUACAAGAUGUAUUCAGCCAUCAAUUACCAAAAACACCCAAAGAAUAUAUUACUCAAUUGGUUUUUGAUCCGAAGCAUAAAACGCUAGCUUUGAUAAAGGAUGGUCAUCCGAUUGGUGGUAUUUGUUUCUGCAUGUUUCCAAGUCAAGGCUUCACAGAAAUAGUAUUCUGCGCUGUUACAAGUCAUGAACAAGUAAAAGGUUACGGAACGCAUUUAAUGAACAUGUUGAAAGAUUAUCACAUCAAAAAUAAUAUACUACAUUUUCUUACAUUCGCGGAUGACUAUGCUAUUGGAUAUUAAAAACAAGGAUUUAGCAAAGAUAUAAAACUGCCGAAAUCGAUGCACGAGGGAUAUAUUAAAUAUUAUGUAGGAGCGACACUGAUGCAUUGCGAGCUAAACCCAAAAAUUGUAUACACCGAAUUUACAGCAGUUAUCAGAAAGCAGAAGGAGAUUGUGAAAAAGCUAAUUCACCAAAGACAACAGGAAAUACAGAAAGUGCACCCUGGUUUGACCUGUUUCAAGGAAGGUUUGAGGGGAAUUCCUAUCGAGUAUAUCCCGGGAAUUCAUGAAACCGGAUGGAAAAGUUGUGCUCAAACCAGAACGAGAGGUGUGACGAAAGGAAUGCAGGGUCCAGAACAGUUGGACACGAAUUUAGAGGUGCCAGAGUCUCUAUGCAAUACAUUAACUAGUGUUUUGAAUAGUGUGAAAAAACAUAGCACAGCGUGGCCUUUUCUGAAACCCGUCGAUAAAAAUGAGGUUCCAGAUUAUUACGAUCACAUAAAAUAUCCUAUGGAUCUUGAAACGAUGGAAGACCGUUUAAAUUCGGGAUAUUAUGUAACUAAGAGAUUGUUUAUAGCAGACAUGUUACGGAUUUUCACUAAUUGUAGAUUGUAUAAUAGUUCCGACACUGAUUACUACCGUUGUGCCAAUGCCUUGGAAAAAUACUUUCAAACGCGUAUGAAAGAGGUCGGACUCUGGGAUAAGUAAAACUUUUAAGACUGUUAUAAUAAUGAUAAUGUUGGCAAUUGAUACUUCCUAAUUUAUUCUUAUUAAGAAAUACUAUUACUUUAUAAAGAAAGUCCAUAUCUUGAAAUCAUGCUGUUUUUUGUCGUACAGCAUUUGUAUAUAAAAGAAUAAAAACUAAAAUAUAUAUAAAUAUAUAUAUAUAUAUAUAUAUAUGGAAAUGUAUGUCGCAGAAUAUCUACAACUAAAACAAAACAAAGUUUCCCAGUGAUAUUGUACGUUUUUCUUUCAUUUGUUGAAUUAUUUUAAAUCUGUUUAUAAUCAUAUUCAUCGUAAAUAUAUUAAUUUAUAUUUUUUGUUUUUAAUUAAUUUCUCUAUAUUUUAGUUAAUCUCUUUGCUAUGCAUCUCUCGUUAAUUUAAUAUAUUUAUGAAUAAAUGGUAUAUAUAUGGAUGGAUGUGUACAUAUAGCUGCGAAAAAGGUAUUGCUUGUCUACUUUUAAUAAUGUAUUUCAUAUAUUGAUUGCGCGAAUGCUUUAUGCAUGUGGCCUUUUUGCUACGUUAUAUUAUGCAGCAUUAUGAUGUUAAAAAUAUCAAGAAUGGUUUAUGCAAAAACUUUAGACUGAAGUGAGUACUUAAUUUCACAGCCUAAUUAAUAUCAUUAGUCGAGCAGUUAAUUAAUUAUAAUUAAGGAGCGUAAUACAGCAAUUAUAAAAAUGCUCUAGUGGGCGAUCAGUCUACGGAACAGUGAUUCUCUGCAAUGCGCGUUGGUUUGUAAAGUAUCCUUAAAGGAAUAAAGCUUGUUAUGUAGAAAUCAUGUGAAUGAAAUAGAAUAACAGCA